AUGGCAUUUUCAAAUUUUUUUGCUUCAAAAGGUCUAGCCAAACAAUUAACAAAUGCCGACAAGUUGAAAAGAUUGAAGGCCAAUUCAAGAACAACGGGAGGCUCCAAGAAUGCUGUGCCAAUUAGACCUACUGAUUAUUCAUCUUCGUCAAGGUUUUCCAAGAAAGAUUCCAAGAAUUGGUACCGUGGAAACAACGAGAGGAAGCAUGAUGAGAUUUCCGACAACGAUGAUGGAGUUGAUAUUCACGGUUUGUCAGGUGGAAAUGAUGGCAUUUCAAUAGAAGAUGAGGAAAAUUACAACGACAAAGAUUUGGAAGAUAUUGGUCUAGGCGAUUUGCUCAAUAAAAAUUAUUCCAAAUUCGAAGAUAUCGAUGAAUAUUUGAGCCAGGACAAACCAUCAAAAUUCAGCUCCAAGAAACUUGAGACGACCACCAGGAAACUCGAUGAGAGACUACAAAGUAGCCAGCAAGAAGAUGAUUUAAUCCUUGAAGAAUUGCCAACGUUGGAUAUCUUGAAUGAAAUACCGACAAACAAUAAGACCAAUGGCGUGGAAGAUUUUGGGAAAUUUUUUGAAGAUGAUUCAAAAGAAAUCGAGGAUGCCAUGGAAAAAUAUUCCAAAAAUAUUUACCCCAAACUUGGUAAGAAAUUCCCCGAACCUUUAACUAAAGAAUUGGUAAUUCAAAGGAUUAAAACUUCAGUUGAGAAGAUUAUUCCAGAUAUUGUUAAUGAAGAGCUCGAUUCCAUAUUUUACCGGCGGGCGGUAGAGGUUUUCGAAACCUCUGAGAAAAAAAUCCUCAAUGCUCGACAACUCUCCAAUUUGGAUCUUAAUGAAUUUAGUGUGGGGUAUUUCGGUUCAGAAGUUCAACAGAGCAUAUCGUUGGAAAUUGCAAAGAAGUAUCCAAAUUUCUCGAGUUUACGUAAGAAGCGUAACCACGAGAAGCUUCUGGAAACCAAUUUUUUUAAAGUUCUUAAUUUUUGGGGAGUGGAUUUUUUCAACUUGUACGUUUUGGCCCCAGAAAUUGCUGCUAAGUUGGCUACCAAAGAUUUUGGGGUGCCGUUGGAAGAAGCCUAUGAGAUCUUAUUCGACACUACUGAUUACGGAAGAUUUAUUAUUGAUAGAAAGAUGUAUGAAAAGAAUAGCGGAGAAUACAAAAGGAAGAGAGUGGCCGUUCUUGACGAUAUAAUUGGUGACUAUGAUAAUGAUGAUGAUGAUGAUGACGAAGAAGAGGAAGAGGAAGAGGAAAUCGACAGCAAGUCCUCCUCAAAAUUGAAAGUUACAGAAGAGAAAAAUGACAAAUCCAAGGGUUCAAUCAUUUCAACGAAAAACAAGAUAAAAAUCAAAAAGAAAAAAACCAAUAAUAAUGACAUUACCGAUUAUUUUAAAAAUUCGCAAAAUAAAUCAAAUGGUAAACACCAUGGCGCUUUGAUUAAUGGCAGGUCUCUGAACAAAACACUGUCAUUUUCUGAAAUAAUAAGGAAACAAAAGUACGAAGGCAAAAAGAAACAAACAAUAGAGUUGAGUGAUAAUAGUAAUGAUGAUUUUACAUCGGCAAAGAAUAGAAAUAGAACCGAAUCCGUCUCCCAAAAGAGUCACAGAAAAUAUACAAUUGACUCAGACAGUGAUGAAGAAACUGUUACUGCUAAUAGCUACUCAAGGAAGAAACAGACAAUGAAGAGAGGAUCAAUGAAUGAUAGUGAUAGAGAAUCCGAACAAGAAAGUUUUGGAAGUAGGAUCCUGAAAAAAACAAACUCCAAAAGAGAUUCUGGAAGCUCUUCAAAGAAAAGAAGAUUGAAUAAUGAAAAAUCCGACGCAAGUAGUGAUGCCAACACUGAUUCAGAUUCUGAUGGUGGGUUGGGAGAGAUGAUGAAAGCUUCCAAAAACAACAAAAAGAAUCAAUCAUGGAGUGUCCAGAGUAACGAAAGAAUGGAUUCUGAUCUGGAACUUGACAGGUCAUAA